AUGAAAUUCUUCGAGGCGAACACAGUGGUCUUCUGGGACGUGACUGACUUCCCUAUCCAUACCGGUCGCUCUUAUCUCGAGACUCUCACAUCAGUUCUUGGAAACAAUGGUUAUAAUGGUAAGCUGAAAAUCACAGCUUAUGGUGAGGAGAAACCAGACAAUCUAGGGGAUAAAUAUUCGAGACUGUGUAAGAUGUUACUGGACAUUGCUGUGUGGGGAAUGGACACAAGUCACUUGUCUUUUACCCCAAAAAAUGUGAUGGUGCUGGCGGAAAACAUAGAAGAAGAUACGUGCUUUGUCCAUGUUUCUAAGAAUUUGUUAACAAGUGCUAAUAAUUGUCUCUGGGUGCUCCCUGAUGAUUACGAAGAUGAGAAAAUAAAGCGUGUGAAACUUCCUUGGGCAAAAUUAUAUUGGAAAUGGCAGGAUCUGUUGGCUGGAAAAGAUCCCAUGUCCUGUGAGGAUGUACGUGCAUUGCGUCUCAAGGCUCCCUCUAAUAGCCUAGUGGAAUAA